CAUAGAUCCUCAUCUUUUCACUCUUCCAUCCCUGAAAGUUCUGUACUUGAACGAUAACCGUUUUAGUGGAGAACUCAGGGAAUUUUCAUCCUCCUCUUCAGUACUGGAGAAGGUGUAUCUAAAUGGGAACAAUCUGAGUGGUGAAAUACCAACGUCAAUGAGUGAGAUAACAAGUCUCACUUAUCUUUCACUUGCCAGUAACAGAUUCACCGGCUCCGUGAAGCUGGAGGCUUUCAAGCAUCUCAGCAACUUAACAAGCCUCGACCUGUCAUUCAAUAGCUUAAACAUCAAAAACGAUGAUCCAGAUUUGAUGUUUCCAAGCCUGGAUGAACUAAAGUUGAGCAGAUGCAACUUGACAGAGUUCCCAACUUUCCUCAAGAAACAAGAACAGCUGAGGACUCUGAAUCUUUCAAACAACCGAAUCCAAGGGCAUAUUCCUGACUGGUUGUGGACUGGCUAUCUAAAUGAGCUGGAUCUUUCAGACAACGAGGUUGACUUUCCGAGGGAAUCUAGUCAAGUAAACACCACAUUUUCUCUAUCAUUAGGUAUACUGGCGAUGCGAUCCUGCUCUGUUUUCAAGUUUCCAAAGUUUCUGCAGCUGCUAGACUGCCUAUGGUACCUCGACCUAUCCGGAAACAAAAUAAAGGGACAAGUACCCAACUGGAUUUGGAAGAGCACACUUCAAUACGUCCUCCUUUCACGUAACAGUCUUGAAUCUAUAGAAGAGUUCCUACCCAAUGUCUCCUUGACUUCAUUGACGACCCUUGAUCUUCGAAGCAAUCUGCUUCAGGGAUCACUUCCGAGUGGGAUCUGCAAUAUGAGCAGCCUCUCCAUUCUUGAUGCUUCUCAAAAUCAGCUAAGUGGAUUGAUCCCCGAAUGUCUAGGCUUGAUGUCCAACCUAACUGUCUUAAACCUGCAGGGGAACAAAUACCGGCAAAUCCCACCGGAGUUUGCAUUAGCCAGCAGCCUGAGGUCUCUGAAUAUCAACAACAAUCUCUCUUGGAAGGGAAACUUCCACGGUCAUUAGAAAACUGCAAAAUGCUCGAGGUGUUGGAUCUUGGGAAAAACAUGAUCACAGAUGUGUUUCCCUCCUGGCUAGAGAAGCUUCCCAACUUGAGAGUUCUGGUCUUGAGGAACAACAAUCUCCACGGUCAAAUACAACUUCCAAGGAGAAACUUCUCUCUCCCAAAACUGGGGAUAAUCAACCUAUCUUCCAACCAGUUCACUGGAGAUUUGCCAGGAGAAUUCCUCAGCAGCCUCGAUGAGAUGCUGAUGAACACAGAAAUCAAGUCUGCAAACCUGAAAACGAUAGGGCAAUAUGAGUACUAUCAAGAUUCAGUGACAAUCAUGAGUAAAGGAAAUGAGAUGGUGCGGAUACUGACCAUUUUCGUAUCUCUUGAUUUGUCCAACAACAGGUUCCAUGGCAAGAUCCCCGGUGAGAUUGGGAACCUGAAAUCACUGGUUGUCCUCAACUUGUCAAGAAAUGGUUUUGAUGGAAGAAUCCCUUUAUCGCUUGGGGACUUGGUCGAGCUUGAAUCCUUAGACCUCUCAACCAAUAAACUCUCUGGAGUAAUUCCUCAGCAGCUUAUCAGCCUAACUUUCCUUUCCUUUCUUAAUGUAUCGAACAACAAUUUGACAGGGCUUAUACCAAAAGGAUACCAGUUCAAUGCCUACACAAAUCACUCCUAUCUUGGGAACCCUGGAUUGGGAGAGCCACUGUCAAGAAGUUGUUCGGGGCCUACUGGAUCUACACUGCAACCUCCAUCACAGGGUGACGACUCAAGCAAAGAGAACUUAUUCGAUUGGAGAUUUGCUGGAUCAGGUUAUGCAAGUGGAAUAGUUGCUGGAGUUGCAAUGGGUUAUGCAUUUUUACCAGAUUUCCAAUAUCAUGAAGGCCGUUUGCAACUCAAAAAGAAGAUCAGAAGAUGAGGAAGACCAUCAACUUAAGAUGAACCUUGUCUUGAUCCAAAGGCAAGCAAGAAAGGAAUCAACAUGGUGGCUGCAUAUUUAGGAAUAUAUCUUUAUAUAGAAUUGAUCUUUAAAGAUGCAUAAUAAUUUUAUCGGUUACUAGUACCAGUUGAUGCAUCAAGCAUCCAUUAAAAAUAU